CACAUGACGCGCUGGAGUUCACGAGUCCUCCGGUGUUCCCAGCCCCUCCGCAGUCAUGUCCGCCGGGGGCUGCUGUGCCGAGGUCUACAGCUCGGUAUUUGACUACAACACCCCGCGUAUAGCGCUUAUCAAGAGCCGCAAGGUGGGACUGCUGAACAGAGUCAUUCAGCUGGCUAUCCUCGCCUAUGUCAUUGGAUGGGUUUUUGUCUGGGAGAAAGGAUACCAGGACUUUGACACUGUAGUUAGCUCUGUAACAUUGAAAGUGAAAGGAGUUGCAGCGACAGACACACAGGAUCUUGGAUUCAGGAUCUGGGACGUGGCUGAUUACAUUAUACCUGCUCAGGAAGAAAAUGCCUUUUUCGUGAUGACAAAUCUAAUUCUAACGCCAAAUCAAACACAAGGCAAGUGUGCAGAGCUACCGGACAGUUCUACAAUAUGCAUUUCCAAUCUUAACUGUACCUUGGGUUACGUAGGAACACACAGCAAUGGAGUACAGACUGGUCGCUGUGUACGUUACAAUGAAUCAGUAAAAACAUGUGAAGUAAAGGCGUGGUGUCCAGUAGAAAAUGACACAGCUGUUCCCAUGCCUGCUUUUCUGGGGGCUGCUGAAAAUUUCACUGUGCUUAUAAAGAAUAACAUCUGGUACCCCAAAUUCAAUUUCACCAAGAGAAACAUUUUAUCUAAUAUCAGUGCAGAAUAUUUGAAAACCUGUGUGUAUGAUCCGGUGAAGCAUCCAUUCUGUCCUAUAUUCCGUCUGGGCAGCAUAGUGGAGGAGGCUGGAGAAUCUUUCCAAGAUAUGGCCGUAUUGGGUGGAGUUAUGGGAAUUCAGAUUAGCUGGAACUGUGACCUGGACAAGAAGCAUACAUACUGCGUUCCAAAGUACUCAUUUCGACGUUUGGACAAUAGGGAAUUGGAUCACAAUGUUUCUCCCGGAUAUAAUUUCAGGUCUGCCAAAUAUUACAAGGAUUCCAACAAUGUGGAAUCAAGGACUCUAAUGAAAAUCUAUGGCAUUCGCUUUGAUAUCCUGAUUUUCGGAACUGCAGGGAAGUUUGACAUAAUUCCAACUAUGAUUAACAUUGGAUCUGGUGUGGCAUUGCUUGGAGUGGCCACGGUGCUAUGUGACAUCAUUGUAUUUCAUUUCUUUAAGAAAAGGUAUUAUUACAGAGAAAAGAAAUAUAAACAUGUGGAAGAUUAUGAGGAAUUGGGUAAUAAUGGAUCACAUGGAUCAAUCCCUUAACCUAAGGAAUAAUAAAAUAUAUUUAGUUAUUCAUAAAUAAAACAGGGAGAUGUCUUGUUCCAGUACUCAUACAUACAUGGAUUGGAUCACUGACUUUGGAAAUCUUCAACAAAACAUUCCAUAUCGACUGUCAUCUUGAUUCCUUAUAGGGGAAGGAAGGCGAUGCUGCUAUUAUGUUGUGUACACAAGAGCCUAUGAAUGUAAUUCAUGUAAAAAGGGAUAUUUGUCUUAUGAAUGCCUUCUUUUUGGACUUUAAGUCCAUUGCACAUCAAUUUUUUAUGUAGGUCUGAAAGUUCAAGGGCUAUUGAAUAUACGAGUAGUAACUAUGCAAACCAUUUUGAGACCUGCUAAUAAUGGGUUUUAAAGCCAAACUGGUCACAUCAUUUUGCACAUUCUGCUGCUUACAUGGUUUUUGGUCUUAAUCCCAUCCCCUUUUUUGAAAAAUGUUGUAGAUCCUAUGGAAUUGUCAUAUAAUUAUAUUAAAGGAACACUAUUUAUAAAAAGUAAAUCUAAAAUGUAUAAUUAUGUUGAAAGAGCUGCUAUAAAGGUCGUGUUUGUUUUUUUGAAUGCAGUUCCAAUGUUCACUGGAUAUCUAUGUGAAGUGUUUUCAUUAUAGAGGUAUAAUAGAAGCAGUUUUACAAACAUCUUUAAGAAUUGCUGGUAUAAAGGUUCUCCAUUGAUUAUA